AGCAUUUUCUAGAAAUACGCACAGUGUCAAGACAGAAGAGAAAACUACUUACAUGUGUGAUAUCACAAAAGAAGGAGGAACUAAGGAGAAAGUUUGGAGGCUUGUUUCCAUGUUAUCCUGUGCAUCAGGAUCACCUGAGGGAUGUGCUCGGCAAGAUGCAGACUUCCAGCAUGCUACCCUAGACCUUAUACACUCGAUAGAGAGAUGUUGGUUCCACCUACCCAGCAAUCUCACCAAAAUGUCCUAGAGGCUUCAUCCUGACCCAAGAGGCCUGCGGCUUAUCUCCAUCCCUGAGCCAAGCAUCUGGCUGGAAAAAGCUGCAGCACAGAAGACGCAGGAGGCCAGCGGCCGGUCCAGACCGACGGAGACAACAGCACGAGAAGGAAGGGUUCUGCCGUCGGAGCUGGCGGCGCCGGGCUCUGCGCGCCGUCCUGAUCGCCGCUGGGCCUCGCGGUCCGGAGAGGAGCGGAGCCGCGCCGCGGGCUGUGGGUCCAGGGCCGGCGGGACGAGGAGAGGUGAGCCCUGUGUGGUGGGAGUAUCAGAGACGGAGGACUGUGUGGUCAGAGGGGCUGAGCUCUUUGUUUGGGUUCCACGGAAGGCAGAAUGGGCUGAACUGGAACUGACCUAAAUGUCCACCAAAGGAGCCGUCCAGCAUGCUUUGCACACCGCACGCCGAGGUGCCCUGACCAUGAGCCUGAACUCUUCCCUCGGCCACAGGAAGGAGCUGAGUAACCUCACAGAGGAGGAGAGUGGUGAAGGGGGCGCUGUCGUCACUGACUUCAUCACCAUCAUCAUCAUCACCAUUUUCGUCUGCCUGGGCAACCUGGUCAUCGCCGUCACCUUGUACAAGAAGUCGUACCUCCUCACCCUCAGCAACAAGUUCGUCUUCAGCCUGACCCUGUCCAACUUCCUGCUGUCCGUGCUGGUGCUGCCUUUUGUGGCCACCAGCUCCAUUCGGAGGGAAUGGAUCUUUGGUGUGGUCUGGUGCAACUUCUCCGCCCUCCUCUACCUGCUGAUCAGCUCGGCCAGCAUGCUCACACUCGGGGUCAUCGCUGUCGACCGCUACUAUGCUGUCCUGUACCCCAUGGUGUAUCCCAUGAAGAUCACGGGGAACCGAGCUGUGAUGGCGCUUGUCUAUAUAUGGCUUCACUCCCUCAUCGGCUGCCUGCCACCUCUGUUUGGUUGGUCGUCGGUGGAGUUUGACGAGUUCAAGUGGAUGUGUGUGGCUGCGUGGCACCGGGAGCCCGGCUAUACCGCCUUCUGGCAGAUCUGGUGUGCCCUGUUCCCCUUCCUGGUCAUGCUGGUGUGCUAUGGCUUCAUCUUCCGCGUGGCCAGGGUCAAGGCCCGCAAGGUGCACUGUGGCACUGUGGUCAUCGUGGAGGAGGAUGCACAGAGGAAUGGGAGGAAGAACUCCAGCACCUCCACCUCCUCCUCCGGCAGCAGGAGGAAUGCCUUUCAGGGCGUGGUCUAUUCGGCCAACCAGUGCAAAGCCCUCAUCACCAUCCUGGUGGUCAUCGGGGCCUUCAUGGUCACCUGGGGCCCCUACAUGGUUGUCAUCACCUCCGAGGCCCUCUGGGGGAGGAACUACGUCUCCCCGGCCCUGGAGACCUGGGCCACGUGGCUGUCCUUUACCAGUGCCAUCUGCCACCCCCUGAUCUAUGGGCUCUGGAACAAGACGGUUCGCAAGGAGCUGCUGGGCAUGUGCUUUGGGGAUCGGUACUACCGGGAGCCGUUCGUGCAGCGGCAGAGGAUGUCCAGGCUCUUCAGCAUUUCCAACAGGAUCACAGACCUGGGCCUGUCCCCACACCUCACGGCUCUUAUGGCAGGCGGCCAGCCCCUGGGGAACAGCAGCAGCACUGGGGACACUGGCUUCAGCUGCUCCCAGGACUCAGGAACAGAUGUGAUGCUGCUCGAGGACUACGCGUCUGACGACAACCCUCCCUCCCACGGCGCUUGCCCCCCCAAGAGAAGGAGCUCCGUGACAUUUGAGGAUGAAGUGGAACAAAUCAAAGAUGCUGCCAGGAACCCUAUUCUUCACGUGAAAGCUGAAGUGCAUGAGUCCUUGGACAGUUAUGCAGCCAGCUUGGCCAAAGUCAUAGAGGCCGAAGCCAAAAUCAACCUGUUUGGGGAGGAGGCUCUUCCCGGGGUCCUGGCCACAGCACGGACUGUCCCAGGGGCUGGCUUUGGGGGACGCCGAGGCAGCAGGACUCUAGCGAGCCAGAGGUUGCAGCUGCAGAGCAUCGAGGAAGGGAACAUUUUAGCUGCAGAACAGAGAUGAAGGCCUCAGGGUGGACUGUCCCACAGAGGGGCGUCCGGGAAAGGAACAACAUCUAGGGUGUAGCCACCAGAAAAAACACCAGAAAAAAACAAGUGUCUUGUGAGACCACACGUGUGCUCCUUGUGGGUCCUGGCAACGGGACCAGAGGCAUCUAAGGCACAGAGGCAAGCAGAUGAAGGCGUGGCCAUGACAUUUUGGAAGUGAGGCAUAGAAGGGGGACCCUGGCUUGGGAGGAAACCACCCUGUGGGUUACUUCCUCUUCCUUCAUGACCUAGAAGUCCAGCCGAGCACUGUCCCAGAGGUCUCAGCAGGUAAGCACUUCCCUGUGCACUUUGGAGGACAGAACUUCCUAACGAAGCAUGAUCAUCCCUUGGGCUUCUGCAUGGUUGAUGCAGGCCACGUGGGGUCAUCAGUUCUACACUGAAUGGUCCCCAGAGGAGAGCCUGGAAGCAGAGCCCCUCAGAUGGAGUUCCCAACAUCUCUAUCCUGCUUAUGACCUCAAAAUCAGCAGAGUCACUUGCCGGUGCUGGCCACUAUCAGGCCAGACAGCUGCUGUCAAUGAGGAUGGGGCCACCUUGCCCACCUCCCUAUUGACUGAUUCUCCAGUAUUUCAAAAGAAGGGAGCAACCACUAUAAAAGACACAAGAAAGGAGCAAGUGCUAGAUAUUUCAUUUCCAGAAUUAAAAAGAUAAUCCCUUUGGUUAGUACACAGCACAAUCUUCCCAAGCCUGACUGGGGCUGUGGUGCCCAGCACAGCUGGGAAACAGGCUGUUCUUCAUGUAAGGAAACCUCAUCUGCUAGAUUGUUUGUGGUAUUUGACCAGUCAGAGUGGCUGGCUUCCAGGUACACUGGCAGCAAUCCCACUGCGGGCAACAGCGGCUGAUUCCCCAGCCCCAGGCAGUGUGAGACAGGAUGAAACAGAAAGGACGCUGGACUUGUGCUCUUGACCCAGUUCCUCUGCUUCCACUCUUCGGGACUUCCAGUCACCUCUCAAAGCCAUCCAGAAAGUGGGAUAAUGGGGUGGGAAGUUGGAGAAAAUGACCUCCGAGAUAAUUUCCAGCUGUCAUCUUCAAUGUCAGAGUCUGUAGGUGAGAGAGGUGGGGGGAAGUGGACCCUUGGACCAACACCAGCACAGCUUUUGAGAUGGUUUCUGACGGGCAAAUGCAGCCCUGUGGGUACAGAGUGUGAACUCAGCCGUCCUGUGUCUAGCAGGGUCCUGACAGAAGGCUGACCUCCCAGAACCAGAAGUGAAGGAAGAGGUGGAAGUAGAGCUGCAGGAAUGUGAUUUGUACGGUUAGAACUUGCUCGUCUCCCAUUUGAGUUGGGACGGCAGUUGAUGGGUGGCCUGGCAGUAGUGCAGUGGUGACCUGGGAAGUCAGGGAAUCCCUCGCAUCUGCCCUUCCUGGAAAAUAAGCUAAGCGCAAAACAUUCCCCGCCUUUGGAAUUCUAGGUGGCCAGAAGAAGGCAGAUUCUGGGGAGAUCCAGCUGCAUCUGCUCCAAGGCAGCUUACUCCAGACAGUACAUUCCCUCUGUGGUGGUUUCUUUGGGGCCUACCUGGCUCCUGGUGACCAGUCGUGGCAGCCAGUGACCAGCUGCUUACUAAAGCCUUUUCACUCGUCCUGGGGCUUGCUGCCUUUGUGUUGACUGAGGCCAUCAGCAGUGCUCCCAGGUCAGCUGGGUGCCGGGCACUGGUCUGGGUUCUGGAGAGGGCGGGGAGGAGCAGGUGGCUUUUCCAGAGGAGCAGAGAGCAGUUGCACCUGUGGGCUCUGCCUAUACGUGCAGGUCAGACGGAUUCCGCUACCACUACUGGGAGGCAUUCCUAAGUCUGCGGGCAUUUUAUGUUUUCUAUGUGUAUGUAUUUUUUUCCUAUACUCGUCUAGUAAAGGGGCCAUAUUCCUCAUCAACUGAUGUGCACAGAGAUCUUCAACUCCAGGCUGGACUAACCUGGGAUGGCUUGUCCAUUAGGCUUUUGUGAGAGCGGCACAUUGGCUGGUGUCUGGGGAGAGUCCUGAAACCUCAAGGCCCCAGUGGCAGAUCCCAGACUAGCUAGAUCCCAGGGUUUCAUCCUAGCCUAUCUAGAAAUGUCGCAGAAGGACUCACUGCCUUUCUCUUUUUCCUUUUGGCACUGCCAGACAUGGCACGCCCACUAGGUGCAGAGCAAAGCGCUUCACUCAACACAAUGUAGGGAGAGGCCUGGCUGGUAGUGAUGCCAGUAAAGAGCAGUCAGGUAAUGCUUAUUCAAUACGUCCACCAGGGGGAGGUGAACAUUUCCAGGUGGGGCACUUAGGUGGGGGACCAUGUGAGCCAAGCCUGGGAGGAUGUUUGGUAGCUAGAGCCAUAUUUUGUGCAUUCAGGAAUUCAAAUCUGCCUUGAUUCCGGCCUGAGAGCCAGAGCAAGUGGGGCGGGAGGAGCAGGGCAAGGAGGAGAGGAAAGGGAGAGAAUCCCCACACGUUCUCGCGUUCCCGAGAGCCUCUUUGGGGACCCCUGCCCUCAGUGCAGAAGGUCAAAACCCCAACUGCCCCCCCUCAGCCUGGGCCUGUUGGCUUUAUACUGCUGUGCAGGGCGGGGGUGGGGUGGGGACACUUGGCCACGUGGUCGCUGAAAAACCUCAGUCGUGCGUGUCCCAGUUUUAACAGAACCACAUUUUGGGCUGUUGCCCAUUUCUGCCCCUAUCCCUGAAACUGCCACUUGAUGGGCCCCCUGCUGUGCUCCGGGUACCAAGCUACCCGGCACAGCGCCGCUGCGCGCCCGGCGGGAGGCACGGAGUCCUCGCCUUCGGGGCCCGCGACGCUAGGUGGCAGCAGUGCGGCUGCGGCGCCGCGGAGGCCGUGCGCCCCGCACCCCGAAGCCUUCCUGGCGGCGGCGGCGGCGGCGGCGGGCGGCUCUCUUCCGCGGGACCCGCGGGGCGCAGCCCCCAGAUGGGUGCUGGGGACGUGGGGCGGCCGUUCGGACGGGAACGGGCUUUGACAUGGAGACCUUAGGAGCGCGUUCAGCCCUGGCGACGGAGCGCUUCUCCGUUCGAGGGCUUGCUCGUGGGGGACUGGGCUCUGGACGGGCCCCAGGGCCUGCCCGCGGCCGGUGGUCAGCCUGGAGCCCCGCUGCCUCUCGUCCACGGAGCCGGGGAGGGUGACGUGGCUCCGAAGGGCCGAGGGGGUCCGGCAGGCUCGGAGUUCCGUCCGGCGCUGCCGCUGAGGGAGCCGGGCAGCCUUGGGUCCCUGUCCUUAUCGCUACAAUAGGGGGUGUAACUUAGUCCUCUGUGGGGACGCGGGAUGCAGGUGGGCCUCUUCCUAGGGGACCCUCCGGACCCGAGCGUCCCGCACGGCACCUGUGUGUGGCUGGAGCUGGGCCACCGCCUUUUCCCAGUAUCGGUGGGCGGGGGCGGUGGACUGGUCUCCCAGGCAUCUCCAGGACACGAAGGGGAAGAUCUUGAGGAGACCACUGUUAGGUAGACAGGAGGUGCUGAGGGUUGUGGCCCUGGGGAUGGCCCCGUUUGCUGCAUACACAGCAUAAGCAGAUCUUCUGGGAAGGGGGGUGUGGGGAGGCAAUAGAGGGAGGAAUGUGUGAAGUAGCAAAAAUGAACUUUUCGGUUAAUGGCAUUCAAAAAUGAUGGACCUCCAGGGCCUGCUGUAGAGUCCCAGACCAGGGCACGAACUCAGCCUUGACCUCCCUUACAGCUCCUGAGAUGUGACCUGGGUGCUAAGUACACCUGUGUCCCCCUCUGACAGUGACUGCUUGGCAGCGGGUCUUGGGCUCACAGAAUCUUUGAUCCUCCAAGCCCCUGAGGCAAGAGGCCACACAGGAGUCCAUGCUGGUACCCACAGCAUAUGCAGAACCCAGAUGAAUCCCAUGGGAGACAGAAGGGACAUUACAAUUUCCACCCUAAAGCAAAGUGGCUGUCAUAUGUGACUGUAGGAGGGGACAGAGCCUGACCACCCUCUGGGAUGGGGAGAGGGGACACACAAAAUCCAGGGAGGCCUAGGGAAUGUCUGAUACCCCCACCCCAAGUACAUUAAGCCAGAGUCUGGGUCAAAUGUCAGAUGUUUGGCCAUGUGACUGAGAAGGAGGUGGAGGAGGGAUACUAAAAGUCGUCAUUAGGCCAGCUGAGCUUAGUAGGUGGGUAGAAACUAAACCAGAGAGCUUGGGAGCCUGAAAUACUGGCUUGCGAGACCUCAAAAAACUGCAACCCAAGAAAAGUGAUUGGAUGUAUUUGGAAGAUUUCAAAGCACAAACUCAAAUCUGCAUGAGAUUACCAAAAGCACGGUUUUGCUCAGUGUUAUUUUUAGGAGAACAUAAUACACAAAGCUGUGUUCAUUUCCCUCAGAGAUUUUUCCUGAAUAGUAUUGGUAUUAAUAGCUUAGGAAUGAGAAGCCAUUUCUGGUUUUGUUUUUCACCCCACCAUCUUUGAAAUAUCCGGAGUCACAGGCAAGUUAGCAUGUCCCAGAUGAAAAGGCAGUCCCCAGUCCCGCACUCCCACAGAGGUGACCCGGGGAAUGGAAUGUGCCACCUCCCAGGGAAGUUGCAGCCUCACAGCCUCUGAGUGCAGUGGGAAGAGCCUGUCUGCCAGGAAACAGGUCACUCUGCGAUGUGGAUGUGCUGAGAGAGCCCUGUGCUGGAUGCAGAAGUUGUCAAAAACCUUGAAAGCAAAACAAAAGCAAGCUAAUCCUGAAAUAUAUUCCACUUGAAGUUUUUGGACAAUUUUUUUUAAAAGAAGAAAAAUGUUUAGGAUAAUUAUAAAUCACAGUAUUUAUAAACGAUUAAAAGUAUAUUUAGAAUAG